AGUGGUAUCGCAUUUAAUAUACCUAUACGAGAUUACUUCUCAAAUUAUGUUUAAAAAAAUUACUUGAUUCCCUUUAAGUGUCGAAGUACUAUUUCAGUAGUUCUGGGUGAGUUUUUGCAAUCUCGUAGGGCGUUUAAUGUUUCAGGAUGAUAUGGGCGAGACUGGUGUCUGUUUAUUAAAAAACGACAGUUAACCGCAUCCUCGCUUGUUCGUUUUGGGGGGCUGAUGGAUAUAUACCUAUGCAUUGGGAAGGAAUGCUUACCCCUGGCGAUCCUGGGUUUUUCUGGUUUCUUAAAAUUAUUCUAAUGAUGGCUUAAGAUCUUGGCACACCUACCUACUGCACACGACAGUUCAAUCUAUAUAUUGUGGCGACACGCUGUAUAGAAUGAAGAAAUGAAGAAAUAAAUGAACUGUAACCUAGAAGAGAGAUAACCAACAGUAUGAUGAUUAAUUCUCAUUGUACUUGCUGGCCGAAACGUCGCACGAACAGUGCUUAAAACAUAUUUGAUUGAACACUAACACGGUUACGAAAAUGAAAAACUUUUUUACUAAAAAUUAGAAAUAUCGCCGACACGGCCCUGGAAGAGUCCAUUCCAUCUCCAUACAUAUUGCCAUUUUAAAUAUAAUUCAAAUACAACAAGAAAUGCCUCUUUACCAUAGAAAAUUAAUUUUUUUAUUGUUAAAUAUCCUUACUACCUGAUUGAGAAUAUCUGAAGAAACAAAGAAAUCGAAUGAAAGCCGAUUAUCGACUUGUUUUCUGGCGAAGCAGUGGAAGGGCGCUGCAAGCAAGGUUGAAUGAGGUAGCGUAUUUGUUACGUAAAUUCCGUGUUACGUGCCGGAUUGCUGAAGCAGGUUGUCAAAUGCUGAAAAUCAUUCCUAACUAUCAUUUGGCCGUUUAGUAUCUUCGAAAUUCCUCAAAACCCUGAAGAGAAUCGAACCAGAAGAUGUUAUCAGUCUGUAAACAAACAUUCUCCUCCAAUCUACAAAGUAACUACAGGGUAGCAACCAGAUGCUUAGGCUCUGUAGUACCUGAACUGAAACUAAAUGAUUUCGGCAUUCAAAAUGAACCUGUGCUUGGUUAUCUGAAGGGCUCUAAAGAAAGAGCAGAACUUGAAAAGGCUCUGCAAGAGCUUUCAAGUAAAACUGAAGAGGUACCCAUUGUUAUUGGCGACAAGGAGUUUAGGAAUAAUGAUGUACAUUAUCAGGUGAUGCCUCAUAACCAUAAGAAACAAAUUGCCAAAUUUUAUUAUGCCGACAAAAAUCUAGUAAACAAAGCUAUAGAUGUGGCAACAGAGACUCAAAAGAAAUGGGACAGAACCCCAUUUCCAGAGAGGUUGAGAAUAUGGGAAAAGGCGGCCUCCCUAAUGGCCAAUGAAUACAGAGCAAAAUUGAAUGCUGCUACCAUGCUGGGCCAAGCUAAGACUAUCAUUCAGGCUGAAAUCGACUCGGCUGCAGAACUCAUAGACUUCUUCAGAAUAAACGCCUACUUUCUGAAAGAAGCAACUAAAUAUCAACCGAUCUCAGAAGACCCAAGGGUCACAAAGAACUCCAUGAGGUAUCGUGGCUUCGAUGGAUUCGUGGCUGCUAUUUCACCAUUCAACUUCACUGCAAUCGGCGGAAACUUGGCGUAUACACCAGCUUUAAUGGGUAACGCCGUGCUAUGGAAGCCCAGUGACACGGCUCUCUUGUCGAACUGGGUAACGUUCCAGAUCUGUCGUGAAGCGGGUGUGCCUCCAGGUGUAGUAAACUUUGUACCAGCUGAUGGGCCAGUCUUUGGUGACAACAUCACUGCUUCGCCACAUCUUGCUGGUAUCAACUUCACUGGAAGUGUUCCUACCUUCUCUCGACUCUGGAAGCAAGUGGCUCAGAACAUCGGCAUGUUCAGAAAUUUCCCACGUCUGAUCGGCGAGUGCGGUGGAAAGAACUUCCACUUUAUCCAUCCCUCCGCUGACGUGGAAUCUGUUGUCAAUGGCACGAUCAGGAGCGCUUUCGAAUUCUGUGGACAGAAGUGCAGCGCUUGCUCGAGGAUGUACGUGCCAGAAUCUUUGUGGCCACAGGUCAAAAAGGGCCUAUUAGAAAAACGCUCCCAGCUGAAAAUAGGAGAUCCGACCGACGUGAAGAGCUUCACAUCUGCUGUAAUAGACAACAAAGCAUUUGAUAGGAUUAAAAGUUACAUCGAUCAUGCGAAAAAUUCACCGAAUCUCGAAGUUAUUGGUGGGGGAAAAUGUGAUGACAGUGUCGGCUACUUCAUUGAACCGACGAUCGUCCAAUCCAAAGAUCCUCUUGACAAGAUUAUGAAAGAAGAAAUAUUCGGCCCUGUGCUAUCCAUUUUCGUUUAUAAAGACAGCCAGAUUAAGGAAACACUGGAUAUUGUAGCCAAUUCGACGCAAUUCGCUUUGACGGGAGCCGUAUUUGCACAAGACGAAAAUUUCCUGAAACAAGCCAUCGAAGACCUUAAAAUGACUGCUGGCAACUUCUACGUCAAUGACAAAUCAACGGGAAGUGUGGUUGGUCAGCAACCAUUUGGUGGUGCUAGGAUGUCAGGUACCAAUGACAAAGCCGGAGGUCCACACUACUGCCUGCGAUGGGGCAACCCACAAGCGAUCAAAGAAACAUUCGUUCCCCUAAAAGAUAUUGAGUAUCCCUACAUGCAGCAGUAGACCAAUUAUUUUUAAGAUUAAAUCUCACACUCAUCGUGCAUCUCAUGCUUAGUUCAUUCAUUGUGAUACGUUUCUUAUGUUUUAAAUUAAUAAUCCCACUUUGCUAAAUCUGAUUUAGGCGUAGGAGAGCGUAUGUAGUGCUUUAGGUUUAUAAAUUAUUAUUUUUAUACAGUUACUCACGAAAAAAAAUGAACUGAGAUGCAUUUUCAUCAAAAUAGACAGACUUCAUAGUCUCGCUUUCCUCCAUUUCAGUAGGUUUUGAAAGCUGUUAGCAUUCCAUAAAAAAGCGUAUCUUGGUAAUAGCAAUAGUAUUUGGGUUUCGAGAAUGUAUGAAGUUUUUAGACUAAGCAGAAACUUGUUGAUAAAAUAUCAAUUUUGUUACAUUUUUGGACAAUUUUGGUAAACAACAUAUUGUUUUAAAAAGGAACAGUACGUUCUGAAAUAAUUAGAUUUCGCUCGUUUUUUCUCGUGGAAAAUCCUAUGGCGUCCAGGAAACGGGUAAAAUUGCGUGUGUUAAUGGUCGUCAUUACACGUCAUUAUAGAACUGGAAAUGAUGUUCUGUUUUUAAAAUAACUUGUUCAGAUACAUCGACUUCCAAUAUAUUACAUAUAAAACUUCAAAAAGAAAAAUGUACAUAUAUCCUUUUUUCGUAUUCCAGUGUUUUUCGAGGGCAUGAUCGUGUUUUGGUUAUACAAAUCCCAUACUUUUUCUUUUCAGCUAAUCGCUUUUUUGCCAGGAACGUAAUUUUUUACCUGAAAACGUUCCCUUUGCUCCCAAAUCUGUUUCUAAAAUCACGUUCGUAUACAUAACACACCAUUCCUAAUGCCAGGUUUUUUCAAAAGACAUAGAAGAUUUCCUUUGGAAUGGAGUGCCGCGCACAAUCACGUGGAAAAUCAGCUUUUCACGCCAACCGUCAUGUUCCAACGCACCACAAUUUUCCACACGAAAGAACGUCUGUGUGCGGUCAGCUUAGCUCCCAUAACCAUCGAUAAACAAACGCAUAGCUUUACAAGGGCAAAAAAGUACGCAUAUCUCAUAGAGUGCAUUUCAGCUAAAUAUAAACCACUCAAUGCCGAGUUAAUCUUUUGUAAGUAACUGUACGUGAUAUGUGAAAAAGUCAAAAAAAGUGUCAUAUGCAACUGCUAUGUUGGAAUUCAACUCUGAGGAAAUCUCAUCGUGUUCUUUAUACGUUUUUUGACCAUAUGUUUUACGUCAUCCUAUUCACACUUGUGGGAUGAGACAUUGACAAUAUUAUUGUUAGUGAAGAUGUAUUAAAUGUAUAUUUCGGACAUGUUUAAGUUAUUACAUAUCUGUAAAAAAUAUGUAAGUUGCAUGUAAUAUAUACCGAUUUUUCUUUAUUGAAAAU